AUGCCAGAGACAACAGUGCCAGAGCUGAACAGUGCCAGAGACAAUCCACAGUGCCAGAGACAAUCCGCAAGUGCAGAGCUGAACAGUGCAGAGACAAUCCACAGUGCCAGAGACCAAUGUGCCAGAGACAAUCCACAGUGCCAGAGACAAUCCAGUGCCAGAGACAAUCCCAUCCAGUGCCAAGAACCAAUGCCAGAGAAACAUGCCAGAGACAUCCGCCCAGUGCCAGAGACCAUCCACAGUGCCAGAGACAAAUCCGCAGUCCAGAGACCAGUAGAACAUCGCAGUACCAGAACAUCCACAGUGCCAGAGACAAUCCGCAGUGCCAGAGCCAGAGACAAUCCAUUGCCAGAGACAAUCCGCAGUGCCGAGACCAUCCAAGUGCCAGAGAACCAUCCACAGUGCCAGAGACAAUCCACAGCAGUGCCAGAAGAAAUCCACAGUGCCAGAGACAAUCCACAUGCCAGAGACAAUCCACAGUGCCAGAACACAUCCACAGUUGCAGAGACAAAUCCUCAGUGCCAGAGACAAUCCACCAAGUGCCAGAGACAAUCCGCAAGUGCCAGAGAGCUGAACAGUGCCAGAGACACAAUCCGCAGUGCCAGACCAUCCACAGUGCAGAAACAAUCCGCAGUGCCAGAGACAACCGCAGUGCCAGAGACAAUCACGAGUGCCCAGAAGACAAUCCGCCGGACAGUGCCAGAGCUGAACAGUGCCAGAGACCCGCAAGGGCCAGAACAUCCACAGUUGCCAGAGACAAUCCGCAGUGCGAGACAAGUCCGCCAUAGUACCAGAACAUCCACAUGCCAGAGACAUCCGCCAGUGCCAGAGACAAUCCGCAGAUCCACAGUGCCAGAGACAAUCUGCCAGUGUGCCAGAGCAAUGCCAUGCCAGAGACAAUCCUGCCGAGCAAUCCGCAGUACCAGAACUCCACAGUGCCCAGAGACAAUCCGCAGUGCCAGAAACCAUCCAAGUGCCAGAGACAAUCCACAGUGCCAGAGACAAUCCAGUGCAGUAGCCAGAGAGCAAAUCCGCGUGCCCAGAACGCACACAGUCCAGCUAUUCCACCAGUGCCAGACCAUCCCAGCCCAGAGACAAAUCCGCAGUAUGAUCCAGCAAUGCCCAGGAACCUAUCCACAGUGCCAGAGGCACAAUCCGCUGUGCCAGAACCAUGCCAAUAGGUGCCAGAGACAAUCCGCAGUACGCACCAGUGCCAGCAGAACCAUCACAGUGCCAGAGACAAUCGCAGUGCCAGAGACCAAUCCUACAGUGGCCAGAGACAAUCCACAGUGCCAGAGACAAUCCGCAGUGCCAGAGACAAUCCGCAGUACCAGAACCAUCCACAGUGCCAGAGACAAUCCGCAAGAUCCAGCAGAGUGCCCAAGAAGCACCAGAUGA